GAGAGAGGGGGGGAGAGAGGGGGGGCUGUGGGAGGGAUCUCGCGAUUGUUGGACUUUUUUUUUUUUUUGGCGGAGGGGGGGUGAGUUAUUCGGAAGAUGGCGCCCGUUGUUACGGGGAAGUUCGGUGAGCGACAUCAGCCUCAGCGCUUGACAAGGGAGGCUAUGAGGACCUACCUGAAGGAGAAAGACGAUCAGACGGUGCUCAUACUUCACGCCAAGGUGGCCCAGAAGUCAUACGGCAAUGAGAAAAGGUUUUUCUGCCCUCCGCCCUGUGUGUAUCUGAUGGGCAGCGGCUGGCAGAAGAAGCUGGAGAGCAUGGAGAAGGAGGGCUGCACGGAGCAGGAGGCCCAGCCGUGUGCGUUCAUCGGCAUCGGCAACAGUGAGCAGGAGAUGCAGCAGCUCAAUCUGGAGGGGAAGCACUUCUGCACAGCGAAGACACUGUACAUCAGCGACUCAGACAAAAGGAAACACUUCAUGCUGUCUGUGAAGAUGUUGUAUGGAAACAGCGCCAACAUAGGUGUCUUCCUCAGUAAGAGGAUCAAGGUCAUCUCUAAGCCCUCCAAGAAGAAACAGUCCCUGAAAAAUGCAGAUUUGUGUAUCGCUUCAGGGACAAAGGUGGCAUUGUUUAACCGCCUCCGUUCCCAGACGGUAAGCACCAGGUAUCUUCAUGUGGAGGGCGGAAACUUUUAUGCCAGCUCCCAACAGUGGGGCGCCUUCUACAUCCACCUCUUGGACGAUGAGGAGUCUGAAGGGGAGGAGUUUGCUGUGAGAGAUGGCUACAUCCAUUAUGGCCAGACGGUCAAGUUGGUCUGUUCUGUUUCUGGCAUGGCCCUGCCCAGACUGGUCAUUCGCAAAGUAGACAAGCAGACGGCCUUAAUGGAUGCAGAUGACCCCGUGUCCCAGCUCCACAAGUGUGCCUUCUACCUGAAAGAUACAGACAGGAUGUAUCUCUGCCUCUCACAGGAGAGGAUCAUCCAGUUCCAGGCCACAGCAUGCUCCAAAGAGACAAACAAAGAUAUUAUCAACGAUGGGGCUUCCUGGACUAUUAUUAGCACUGACAAGGCCGAGUACACCUUUUAUGAGGGCAUGGGUCCCGUCCCCACACCGGUCACACCUGUUCCUGUGGUGGAAACUCUGCAGUUAAAUGGUGGGGGAGAUGUGGCGAUGCUGGAGCUGACAGGACAGAACUUCACCCCUAAGCUCAGAGUGUGGUUCGGAGACGUGGAGGCUGACACCAUGUACAGAUGUGGAGAGAGCGUUCUGUGUGUGGUGCCGGACAUUUCUGCCUUCAGGGAGGGCUGGCGCUGGGUGAGACAGCCGGUGCAGGUCCCCGUCACACUGGUUCGCAACGAUGGAAUCAUCUACGCCACUGCCCUCACCUUCACUUACACCCCUGAGCCGGGGCCACGGCCGCACUGCAGCGCCGCCGGGGCCAUCCUCCGCUCACAUAGCACGUCUUCGUCAUCACCGGCCUCCUCAUCUUCACCAUCAUCUUCACUUGGUGGGCUCGGGGACGGCCACGGGGCUUACCACAGCAGUGACUCAGGGAUAUCCUCAGGAGCUUCAACCAUGUCGCUGCUGUCAUAGUAAUACUGAAAAUGUUCGUGUUGUUCUGCAUGUGUGCGAUGAAUGAGAGAGAAAAAUGUGCGCGUGUACUUUUCCAAAGAGGCUCACGGACAUGUAAUGAAGAAGAAACCUAGAGGAUCUUCACGAAAGAGCAACUGAGGAAUCACGAGGAAUGCGAGAGAGAGUUGGGAGGAAAAGAAGACAAGUUCACAGACUGGGACUGAUCACUGACUCAUUAGCUCCAUCUGGUGGCUUGUUGUGGACAUGUCAUGAGCCCCAACUGGAGGCGAACUGAUAAUAUCCCAGAUCUUCACCCUGAACAGAGAUGAAUCUGCCAUGUGACUCUCACAACAACCCGAUUUUAAAAAAGAACCGUUUUUGCUUUCAUACGCCGGUGGGUUCGAGAGCUCUUCUCACUGAGCUUUCUUACAGCGCAGGUGAUGUUUUUGUUUUGUUUUUUACUGAAGAGCUUGGUGAUUUUUCUGUUGCGUGCAAGGGACACAUUUUGUUGUAACAUAGUUUUUACGGACCAAGAAAUAUUAUUAUAUUAUUUUAUUCAUAUUAUAUUUUAUAAGCUUUUGCUAAGGUACAUCAUGACAUUUGUAUGAUAUCGCAUAGUAAUUCGACGUCUGUUACCAAAUAGAGUUUGACAUAUGUUUUCGGCUCCAGUUUGAGUUUUGCCUCAACGGAGUGGUAAGGGUGGAAAUGGCUUUUAGUGAGUCGCUAAUACUUUUCACCUCACCUCUUUUUUUAAUGUCCACUGGUGUCAUUUGGAACCACAUACCCAAAUGUAUACUUACGUAAUUAUUGUCGGUGUAUGAAAAUGAAAGUCAAAGGAUCAGACUGUGUUUUGAAGUAGGCACUUUUGAGAAUGACGACAUAUGAAUAUCUGGCCGCAGUUAUUGUCUCAGCUGCCUUUAAGAUCUUCGAUCUCGCAGAUCGGUCUCUUGCAACUCUUUAUAUCAAAGAUGGCCAUUUGGAUGAGUGUCGUGAAUGCAUUUGAUAAUAUAUUACACUAUCAGUGUGUUCCUUGAAACCAAGGUCUACGUUUUCCAAUCAGCAAGCUGUUUUUGUACUAGUGUGAUUCAAGUCGCAUCUAAACUAAUUUUCUACAUUUGAAAGAAUCUGGUAGUCUGAUCGACAUAUUUUCAGAGGGGAAAAAUCAUUGGAAAAAGAAAGGAUGUUAAACUGUGUAAAGAUCAAAUAUUUAAUGUGACUUUUUGAUUCUAUCUUAAAUUCGAGAGGUCUUUUGAGGUUGUGCUUGUGUGUCGAAAGAAGAGCUUUAACACCGUCUCUGACGAGGAACUUGCGGUCCAACCCUUGCAGUUCUCGUUGGGACUGAACCAAAUUUAAUCAAGUUUUUUUCAAACAUGACAUCCGACUACGUACAAUCAGCUGUGCUUGUGCUUCGGGUCUUUUGCGACGGGAGAUGGUUUGUACACGCUCGGAUUCUCUACCUACCUUGUUGAGUAACUUGAACACUGAACUGAUUUACUAAGCUAGUCGGGAAUGACAGUUUAUCUUGCCUUAAAAACCACUACAGUUCCUGUCUUGUGCAAAAAAAAAUGUGACUCCUGAUUUCUAACAAUUUUUGUAUCAUACUGUAUAUCAGGUGUAAAGAUUGACAUUAAAAGUAAGGUGGUUAGUAAA